UGAUCACAACCAAGCCUUCACUCUCUUCGCAACCUUCAUAUUCACUAUUCUCGUCUUGUUCGGUUGGUAUUCGCAUUAGAAAAUACUCCAGGUGGCAUAUUCCUAGCCAGAGAAACCACAAAGGCAACCAUCCAUUAUGUUCCUCUAUUCUAUGCUCUGCAGGCUGCUGCUCUAUGCCCUAUUGUUGUGGCGCUGUUGCUGCAUGCUGUGCAGUGCAGUGCAGACCCUGUAUAUCCCACUCAAAGGUGCUAGCGAGGUGGUUCCGGUCGUGAUAAGCAGCACCACCACAGUCUACGGUGUAACAACAGUGACGGUGUACCCGGACAACCCAGCCUCAGUCCCACCCGAGAGUACCCAGUAUAAAGCAACGCCACCAGGAACCGCUGUUGUUAUAUACAGUGUUAGUACGGUGUUCCUGACGACAAUAUACCAGACAUCGUAUUCCACAUACCACACAACGCUGUACAACUCACCGAGCACGGGCAGCGGGGAUGGCCACUAUAUCACCAGCACAAACUCGGUAGGGUUCCCGGUGGUUAUUGUGACAACAAAUGAUGGUGUGCUAUCAGCUAAGAGAAAUGUUGGAGUAUAUAGUGCAGCAUAUGCUUGUGCAGCCUUAGUUGUAUCAUCAUUGGCAAUACUGCUGUCGUAGUAUGAUCCCCACAUUGGAAUAGGUGCAUCGUAUUGUUUGGACGCUUUGAGUAAUACAACAACUCGUAGCGAUGAUAAUAUAGCAGCACAUUCAACAAGUAUUGAAAAGUGUAAUUACAU